UUGGACACAAUUCAGAAGAGCCACCCAGAAGGAGACAACAAUGUCACUGCUACCUGUGCCACACACACAGGCUGUGUCUUUGUCUACUGGUUCUACUGUGACAAUCAAAGGGAAACCGCUUGUCUGUUUCUUCAAUGAACCACAUCUGCAGGUGGAUUUCCACACUGAGAUGAAGGAGGAAUCAGACAUUGCCUUCCAUUUCCAAGUGCACUUUGGCUGUUAUGUGGUCAUGAACAGCCGUGAGUAUGGUGCCUGGAAGAAGCCGGUGGAAUCCAAGAACAUGCCCUUUCAGGAUGGCCAAGAAUUUGAACUGAGCAUCUCAGUGCUGUCAGAUAAGUACCAGGUAAUGGUCAAUGGCCAAGCUUAUUACACCUUUGACCAUAGAAUCCCGCCUGAGGCUGUGAAGAUGGUGCAAGUGUGGAGAGAUAUCUCCCUGACCAAAUUUGAGGAAAAAUGCCAAGAAGAAAAUCACCAGAGAAAGAAACUCAUAUGCUCGUCCCCUCAGUUCAGGAACAAGGGGUAUACAACACCAUUUCUCGAAAGGUCUUGUUUCAGAGAUGAAAAUGAAUGCAGGUUAGUGGUUAGUGUCCCACAAGGACGGUCCCCAUUUUGUGGUGUAACCCCUAACCGGCCCUGGUACAAGGAGCUGAAGCAGCCCCACAGGGACAAAGCCUGCAGUGUCAUCAAGAAGGCUCCUGUUUGGCCUGGGAAAAAGUGGAAAAGGGUUGGUGUGUGUGGAGUGUGUGCCCAACAUGCUGUGUGCUUUGAGCUCAGCAAGGACCCACAGUCACAGGUGGAUGAUUCCCAUACUGGAACCAAAGAGAAGUCAGACAUUGCCUUCCAUUUCUGA